AUGUUUGCAGUUCAUGUGUUGGUUCACUCACAACAACUGCCAACCAAUGAUGUGAUGAGUAUACUUAAGCCCUGGAGUUUUGGUCAAAUUGGGACCACUGGACAGGCGGCUGGCAAUCAGUUCCUACAACUAUUGCAGUCAUCACUGACUCGUUGGGAUGAAUUGGGACAACAGAUCGGUGGACAGGUUUCAUCAAGACUGGAGAGUAUGGAAAACCAAUUACACGAUUUGGCCAAACAGUUCAGACUCACACUUCUCAAUACCAACAAUAAAAAUAAUACGACCCGGGCCACCAAAGUCUGA